AUGCUCCCGCGAACACCCCAAGAAAUGACGUGUCUCUCGGCCGCUUCAUCCUCCCCAUCCCCAUCGCUCGGUCUGAAUUCACGGUUCUCGACCCCGGACCCGGUGACCCCGCCCUUCACCCAGGAGACGUUCACAAUGCCCCAAAUGAUCCCGGAUGUAAUGAUCGAGACGUCAUCCCGAAACUCCUCCCGUCACAAUUCGAUGAGAACUCACAGGGUGCCGGAGGUCGUCGAAAGCCUCGAUUACGAUGAUCGAAACGGGGAAGAGCUGGAAGAUCCGGACACUGGGUGCGAUGAGGACACGGCCGAGGCGGAGUACACCCCGGAGUACAGCACCCAACAAUACACGCCGGCGCCGAUCUUGAGGGAAACGCCACGGGAGAGCAGGGAGGAGCGCAGCGUCGAGACUCCAGACGAGGGCGUACAGUCGCAAUGCAGCAGUCAGAGCCCCAGUUGUGACCGAAUCGAACAGCUUGCAUCAAAGUCGAACAGCGAGACCGGAUCGGUGGGUGGAGAUGCGUUGGCGCACGGGUUGGACCCAGCACUGUAUGGACCGGGUGCUUCGCCUCCCAACGAACCGAUACUCAUCCGGCGGGCAAGCGCCGUGACUCCAGGCACCGUACCCAGCUCGUCCUCCUUCCAAAACGGCACCGCGAACGCCGACCAGCCCCCGUCGACCGGGCUGGGAAUCCUCUACUGUACGAUCCAGCAUUUUCCGGUCCGGAAGCGGUUGCGGGUCAACAUACUGAAAGUCGAAGCACUAGCCGGCCAGCUCAAGCCCGAGCUCGAGAUCCACGCCCAAUGCAAAGUGUCUAUCCCCGGGCUGAAGGGUGGCAAGGAACAGUCGUCCGAAACGAAAAGAGGACGCGAUCCGGUGUUCAAUCAGGAGUUCUUCUUCGAGCCAGUGACCAUCGAAGACCUCGACACGAAAGCCAUCCAGGUGGUCGCCUACCACUCCGGAGGGGCCACCAAGUUGGCGAAGGAUGUGGCCAUUGCGGAGUGCACGAUUCCGCUUCGCGAGAUCCGUGAGCUCAACACCAAGCGCGAGGUCAAGAUCAUCGAGGAGCUGAAAGCGCAGGUUGGGUCAAAGAAGCUCGGCAAGAUCCACAUCACGUCGUGCAUCGAGAAGGACGCACGUCGGUUGACGAUCAACGUCAAAAAGGCCGACGACCUGCCGCGAUGGGGAUUCCUGGGCGCACCAGAUGUAUGCGUGAAGAUCACGGUGGACCAGGGCGGGAUCGCCAAGACAAAGUGCUCGCGGGUGCUGAAGAGCACCACUUCGGCCGUCUACAACGAGGCGGUGAUGUUCCUCUUCAACCCGUCGAAGAACGAGCUGGCGCACACCAAAAUCACCGUGUCGGUGCACGACAUGCAACGCACGUGCACCGGCGACGACGUCAUCGGCGUCUCCUACCUGGGGAUCCUGGCCCAGGACAAGUCGGAGGUGGAGCAGUGGAAGAACACGGUCGAACACCUGGGCAAGGAGUACAAGGGCGCCCACCAUCUAAAGGCGCAGCAGAAUUCGCCGACUGUCCACGUCGCAGAAGCUGGCGACGAUGGCGACGAAGAA